AUGGCCCGGCGUUGGGCCAUCGCGGCGCUCACCGAGCUGCGGCCUCGCUUCGAGGACAAUGAGGAUUUUAACGCUCAGCUACCAGCGGGCAGUUCAGCGGACGGCUGCAAGUCGCUGGGCGACCUUGUGCAGCGCGACUUUUAUCCGCGCUUGAGGGCCGCUGCUGCUUCGGCCAGGGGCCGCGUGUUGUUUGUCUGCGACUGUGUUGUAGAACAGUUGCCAGGCGGCGACGCGUGCACAGGGCGGCUGGAAAUGGAUUGGCAGGGGUGCAAGGUCGUCGCAGCAGCGCACUCGUGCAGCUGUGCAGCAAAGAUUAGGCCAAACGAACGAGUGGCUGCCGGUGUGCAAGUGGACCGGCCUCUGGGGUGCGCCUCUGCAGUGUCGGUGCCAGACGGAAUCCUGUGGUCCGACCAGCAGAACCCGUCGCUGCCGGCCAGCAUGACGGACGUGCUGGGCUUGAGGGCGCGCCGCCGGCUGCUGGAUGUGCUGCAGGUGGAGCUGGGUGCGGCAGAAACACGGGUGAUGUUCACGCCGGUGCUGGGCCGGGUGCCAGUAAAGCACGGCGACCUGGCAACUAUGCAAGACAGGCUGCAUGACAUCACGGGUCCCACUCCGGUGGUGGUGUGCGGCACCGUCCCUCAGCUCAAGCGGGCUGCCGAGGUGGCGAUGGGCGAGGUGCAAGUGGGGGCUGCCAAGCCAGCUUUGAACGGGCAGCAGGUGACUUUGCUGUUUGCGAAAGUGGAGGUGGACGAUCCCACCGCUGUGGAUCUGGUCCGGUCCAAGGUGGAUGCGCUGGACGUCGGCCAGCUGUGGAGCAAGCUAUCU